GCACCCAGGCGACUUCUCCUAGGCGCGCGCCCUCGUAAUCAGCGGCUGGAUUUAUCUUUUGCGCGUGCUCGGGGUUAAGAUCUGUGGCUGCCCAAAUUGCCCUGACCUUGAAGCGCUUCAAACGAAGGAGAAAAUGUUUUUAAAUGUGUUUUCCUUACACACCAAAGGCAUCAACGUUUAAGGAGUCAGCUUGCGCUGACAGGGACCGGAAUUUCUUCUGUUCUAAGGAUGCACACAUAAUGUAAUACAAGCAACUUUCAGUAAAGCGGUGCUUAAUGGAACUAACUAUGGCAAAGCAAAGAGGAAUGAGAGCUUAAAGACACAAUCAGUUUGGAGUCUGUCUUAAAUCCCUGAAAGAACUACUUCAUCAGGUUUUGCGUAAUAUUUGAGAGCGGCUGUGCAGAAAUCAAAAGAUAAAAUGAGUCCUCAUCCUGCUGUCCAGGCUGUUAUCGACCUCUCUGCUGGAGCAGUUGGAGGAACAGCCUGUGUGCUCAGUGGACAGCCUUUUGACACCGCCAAAGUGAAAAUGCAGACCUUUCCCACCAUGUAUAAGAGCUUUGUGGACUGCUUUGUGAGGACUUACCGGCAGGUUGGCUUUCAAGGCCUGUACCAUGGAACCAUACCAGCUCUUGUGGCCAAUAUCGCUGAGAACUCCGUGCUCUUCAUGUCUUAUGGCUUUUGUCAGCAGGUUGUUAGGCGCUUGACAGGAAAAGACCACGACACGGUACUCAGUGACCUUGAGAAUGCAGCAGCUGGUUCAUUCGCGUCAGUUUUUUCUUCAAUGGUCUUAUGUCCUGUUGAGUUGGUAAAAUGCCGCUUGCAAGCCAUGUAUGAAAUGGAGACAUCCGGAAAGAUUGUGAGAGGACAACACACUGUCUGGUCAGUUGUCAAAGGGGUCUUGCAGUCUCAGGGUCCCCUGGGUAUGUAUCAGGGCUUCAGCAGUACUCUCGUACGGGAGGUCCCAGGCUAUUUCUUCUUCUUUGGAGGUUAUGAAUUCAGUCGUACACUUUUCACACAGGGAGGAAAAUCCAAAGAGGAGCUGGGAGUUUUUCCCUUGGUGGUGAGUGGAGGAUUUGGAGGCGCUUGUCUGUGGCUUGCUGUAUACCCCAUUGACUGUGUCAAAUCUCGGAUUCAGGUCCUUUCUAUGGCCGGGAAACAGUCUGGCUUCCUCAAGACAUUCUACAGCAUUGUGAAAAAUGAAGGCUUUACCGCACUAUAUUCAGGACUCACGCCAACACUGAUCCGCACCUUCCCGGCCAAUGGUGCCCUGUUCCUGGCGUACGAGUUGAGCAGAAAAUUGAUGAUGAAGCAGUUUGAGAGUUGACCUUCAUUUCUGAGGUGUCCCACUUUUGAUAUCUGAACGUUUUCUCUGCACACCAACAAAGAAAACUGUGGGAUGGGCUGCUUAUAAUCUGCAAAUUCUCUUUUCAAUUUCUUCGCAUUUGGGUGCUGACUUUGCUUUUCUUGUGACUGGAUGACGAAUGGAAGACAAAGAUUUUAGUAUGUGGGCACAAUAUUUUUAGUGUUUCAAGAUGGUGCUUUUAUUUUGUGGGUUGACAUACAUUUCGGUACAAACAGGUUGUACUUGAAAGAGUCUCAAUUACGGAUUUAGUAUUCAUUUUUCUGCAUAAAUACACAUCUACCUGCAGUAGAUCU